AACGUAGAUAUUUUAUGUAAUGUUCUACGCGUACUCCGAUUGGUUUAAAGACAAUGACGUAACGACGACUGAAGCACGUGACCCGGCUGUGUUUUUGACCAUGUGGAUGUGUAUUUUGUUUCUAAGUGCGGUGUAGAAUGAUAGUGCUGCCUGUAUAAGCGUUAGGUAGGGCAUAUGAUAACUUCGGGAUGAAUAAACCAGGGUGCCGUGCUGGGAGAAGAGCGAGGAGAAAAAGACGGAAAAAACACGAGGAUGUCUCCAAAGUGACUUUAAGUCACGAAGCUCAGUUUGUUCUUUUGAGGAGAUGGCUGAAAGAAAAAGGAUUCACUUCACAGUCUCUUAUCCCUGUCAACUUCCAUGAUACUGGAAGGGGGCUUAUGGCAACUCAAACUAUAAAGGCCAAAGACAGUGUGAUUUCCUUGCCUGAGAAAUGCUUACUGACCACCAGGACAGUUUUGAAGAGUUACAUGGGUGAUUAUAUAAAAAGAUGGCAUCCUCCUGUACCUCCUCUUCUGGCUCUCUGUUGUUUCCUCAUUGCUGAGCGACAUCGUGGAGAUGCCUCAGAGUGGAGCCCCUACAUUAACAUCCUCCCAAAGACCUACACGUGCCCUGUGUACUUCUCUGAAGACAUCAUUGACCUUUUGCCUAGGAGUCUCCAGAAGAAAGCCACGGAGCAGAAAGAACAGUUUCAGGAACUCUACUGCUCUUCACUGAUGUUUUUCCGCUCCCUCCAGCCACUCUUCACCGAGCCCACAGAGGAACUGUUUACCCAGGAUGCACUGCGGUGGGCUUGGUGUAGUGUUAACACGCGUACGGUGUACAUGGAGCAUGAUCAGAGUGAGUAUCUUUCCAGGGAGAAGGACGUCUAUGCGCUUGCACCGUACCUUGACCUGCUGAACCACUGUCCUAAUGUCCAAGUUGAAGCUGGCUUCAACAAAGAAACUCGCCGUUAUGAGGUUAAAAGUGUCCAAGGCUGUAAGAAGUUCCAGCAAGUGUUCAUCAAUUACGGUCCUCAUGAUAAUCACAGACUACUUCUGGAAUAUGGUUUUGUUGCUUCUGGCAACCCCCAGAGUGUAGUAUAUGUUGAUUUAGGAACUCUAAAAUUGUGUCUAGAUGAAAAAGACAAACAGCUAACACAAAAACUACUCUACCUCAGGGACAAUGAUUUUUUAAGAAACUUGACGUUUGGGAUGGAUGGCCCUUCCUGGCGACUGAUGACUGCACUGAGACUGCUGUCCUUGAAACCUGAGCAAUAUUCUAGUUGGAAGAAUGUCCUCUUGGGGGCAGCAGUGAGCCAGGAUAGAGAAGAGUGGUGCAUUCACUCUGCCCUAAAGCUUUGCAAUAACCUCACCGACGACAAUGUCAAAGCACUAGAGAGGCUAUCACAGCUCAAACAGGAUGCGAACCUGUCUCGCCUUGAACAACUGCGUGUGGUGGAGAGCCUGAGACAAGAGGAGCAACGGAUUCUGGAACACACACGAGUGGUCCUUCAAAACCUCUGGGGACAAUAGUCACUGUGGUAACAGUAGGGCAUUUGCAACACUGAGGAACCAGAAGCCUCAUGCUGUCACUGCCAGGAUUUAAACACAAGCCAAGAGCCGGCAGAUAUGGUUAAGCUUUGUACUACAGCCCUUAAUCCAAUCACCUCCAAAACUACAGGGAAUAUGGAGUGCAAAAUAAUGUACUUAAUGUAAGAAUUUUUCACCCAAAAUGUAAAAUUCUGUCCAAACACAUGACCUUUUCUUCUGUGGAACACAAAAGGAGACGUUCUGAACAGUGUUCAUGCUGCUCUUUUCUAUCAGUGUUGUUAUAGUUGACUAACAGCUACAGUUGAGGUCAAAAUUUUACAUACACUUUGCUGAAUCUACAAAAUGCUAACUAUUUUAACAAAAUGAGAGGUAUUAUACAAAAUGCAUGUUAUUUUUUAUUUAGUACUGAUCUGAAUAAGAUAUUUCACAUAAAAGACAUUUACAUAAAGUCCACAAGAGAAAAUAAUAGUCGUUGAAUUUAUAAAAAAUGACUGUUCAAAAGUUUUCAUACGCUUGAUUCAUAAUACUGUGUUACCUUAUUCUUUGGUUUUUCAGCAUUUUUGUGUAUUUUAACCCUUUCCAACAAUGACUGUAUGAUUUUGAGAUCUAUCUUUUUACACUGAGGACAACUGAGGGACUUAUAUGCAACUAUUACAGAAGGUUCAAACCCUCAUUGAUGCUCCUGAAGGAAAAACAAUGCAUUAAGAGCAGGAGGUGAAAACUUUUGAACAGAAUGUUCAUUUUUCUAAUACUGUAUCAUUUUUCUAAUAAGUAUCAUAUGUGACCCAGGACCACAAAACCAGUCAUAAGGGUCAAUUUUCCAAAUUGAGCUUUAUAUAUCAUCUGAAAGCUGAAU